AUGGGCGAGUCGGUGGAAAGAGGAUUGGAUAUCAGGGAUGUCCAUAAGUUGUGGGAUGCAUCCGAAGAGAUUCGCAUGCGCAUCCGCUCGGGAUACGGUGCUAUUCACGAGAAGUCUGCCUUGAGUCUCGACAAUCACAAUGCUACUUUGAAUGCUUCUUUACUUCGUCCUCUUCUUCUUGCUAUGGCAGGGGAUGCGACCCGGAAACUACCAAGUGUUCCGGAUCUUCGUUCGGAGCUUGCUGCUCUCUUUGAGUCGAGCAAGCGCACAGGGCCGGAAGUGGCCAAGUUCGUUGGCACGGAACCCACUCACAUUAGGUACGGAUGUUCCAGCUUCGAAUACCCCGACAUCAGGUGCCUCGACACCUAUGACUACCCCAGCCCGGAGGGCAACCGAUCUUCGUGCUCCAGCCAAAGAGGUGUGGACGGACACGCCACGUGGGCCGAUCUUUGUCUGCAUCCGAUCGUGCUGCAAUGCUUGCUCGAGUUGCUCUUCUUCGACAGAAACUCGCAGUCACUCAAGGCGGCGAACAAGCGUGGGCAUGCCUCAAAAUCCGAGGCGGAUGCAGAGAUGGAGCCGAAUGAUGUGGAGAAGGUCGAGGCCGAUGAUGGUUUGCCGGACGAGACGCCGGAGCCGGAGAAGCGGCCAAAGGAGGAUGCAGUCGAUGGUGGCUCGCCAGCGCCAAAGGCAAAAGCAAAGGCGAAAGGCAAAGCCAACGCCAGGGCUUCGCAGAUGCAGUCAGCUUCGGAGCUGAGCAGCAUCACGCUGCCGGAGGCCCUUUGGUACUUUGAGGUGUCGACGGCAGAUGAGCUCCUCGAGAAGAUGGUGGCCUAUGCCCGGCUGUUCCCCAGCCUUCCGGUUUGCCAGUCUACGAAGUGUAAGCUGCAGGCGGACCUCUUGGACACGGAGCAUUGCCAGUUGACUGUGUAUUGGACCAGGGCCACAGUGGGAGUUCUCUUGAAGAACGCGAAAAGGGAAAUCGCGAACUUCUCGCCAUCGUCGGCCUACAAGGACGUGCCUUGGUCCAUGAAGCAGGCUUUGGCCCUCAAGACCGGUGAGAUCUUGGCAGUCUACGUGGACUUCCUCAUCAAAGAUGAGUAUAUCACAGCAGAUGAUGUGACAGAGAGCGCCGAGGUUUCGAUGAUGUCGCACUUUCUGAAAGAGCAGAUGCAGUCUGCUUUGGACUUCAUCCUCACGGUCCUCUUGACUAUUUGGAGUGUCGAUUCCACUACCUUGACCCAGGACUACGAGUUCUUGGAGUUCUUCGCUGGUUGUGGGACAAUGUAUCGGAUGAUGCGUGCUUUGGGUAGAUACAAGUCUGCACGCUUCGAUAUUAAGGAUGCUUCUUCUCGGGGACAGAAGUCUAAUUUCAUGGAUCUGAACUCCAGCAGUGGAUUCGCGAAGUAUCCAGCCGCCUUCUGUGCCGAGCUCGUGAGGAUCAGCCAGGAUCUGAAGGCCCACCGCAAAGGAUGUCCUCAAGAGCCGGAGAAUAUUCCGUCGGGCCCGGAACAGCUCUCUGUUCUGAUGACAGGUGAGGAUGACAAUUUUCAGUUUGCAGAUCUUCCGGAUGUGUACAGGUACUUGAGGGGAGGGCGGAAGCUCAGGCUGCCAGAGAUGUGGCGGGCCGUCAUACCAGCAAGCCUUUAG